AUGAACAAGCAAACAAACUUAAAUGAUAACAAAGAAGUAAAAGGAGUAGAAGGAGAAAUCCCUAAUAAAUGGAGAAUUUUCACCCAUUGUUCUAAAUUAUUUCAAUUUCAAAUAGUUUUGAAAAACCGUGGCUCAGUUGCUCGAGAUCAUAUGGCAAAUGAAAGAACAUUUCUAUCGUGGAUUAGAACAGCAUUAGUGUUUUUAACAUUUAGUAUUGGGUUUUUACAAUUUUAUCGAUUAGAGAUAAAAGCCAACACCAAUACCUUAGGUGAUUCAAAUUUACUGCAAAUGAUUCAAACUUUAGGUAAACCACUUGGAGCCAUGGGUACCAUAUUGAGUGGGUUGACUGUCACAUUUGGAACUAUUCGAUAUUUCCAAGUUCAAGAAUUAUUACUUGAUGAUUAUUAUCCAGUUACUCGAUUCACAAUUAUUAUUUUGAUACUAAUCAAUUUAAGCAUCCUUGUGGUGUCGUUUAUUCUAAAUAUAGAUAUAUCUCUCUUUGUAAUGCUGUGA